AUGGAGUCAUCCUUGUCCUUUGGUGUGAUCCUUGCCGUCCUGGCCUCCCUCAUCAUCGCUGCCAACACGAUCGUGGCCGUGGCCGUGCUGAUGUCCAUCCCCAGAAGCGACGGGGUGAGUCUCUGCUUCACCUUGAACCUGGCCGUGGCUGACACCUUGAUUGGCGUGGCCAUCUCUAGCCUUAUCUCAGACCAGCUCUCCUACCCUGAACGGCUCACCCAGAAGACCCUGUGUGGCUUUCGGAUGUCAUUUGUCACCUCCUCCGCAGCUGCCUCUGUGCUCACAGUCAUGCUGAUUGCCUUCGACAGGUACCUGGCCAUUAAGCAGCCCCUGCGCUACUUCCAGAUCAUGAACGGGCUGGUCACAGGGACCUGCCUGGCCGCGCUGUGGUUGAUGUCGUACUUCAUUGGCUUCCUCCCACUCGGGGUCCCCAUAUUUCAGCAGUCCACCUACCAGGGCCCCUGCAGCUUCUUUGCUGUGUUUCACCCCCACUUCGUGCUGACCCUGUCCUGCGCUGGCUUCUUCCCAGCCCUGAUCCUCUUCGUCUUCUUCUACUGUGACAUGCUCAAGAUCGCCUCCACGCACAACGAGCACAUCCGGAUGAUGGAGCACGCUGGGGCCGUGGCUCGAGCUUACAGGCCCGCACGGAACCCGGGCGACUUCAAGGCUGUCCGCACUGUGGCUGUUCUCAUCGGGAGCUUCACUCUGUCCUGGUCCCCCUUCCUUAUCACCGGCAUCGUGCAGGUGGCCUGCCAGAACUGUCACCUCUACCUCGUGCUGGAACGGUACUUGUGGCUGCUUGGAGUAGGCAACUCCCUGCUCAACCCACUCAUCUAUGCAUAUGGGCAGAAGGAGGUGCGGCAGCAGCUCUACCAGAUGGUCCUGGGGGCGAAGAAGUGGCUCGUCUCACUCCUCCCCAUUUCCUCUGCCGGGAAAGGUGAUCCAGAGGGCCCCAGGGAAUGUCCCUGCAACGUUGUCACUGUCGCUUGA